AUGGAAAGCCUCCUGAAGUUCUCACUCCGGCCUUCAGAGCCUCCUUUCUUCCUCUUGUUCUCUCAAGACCAGUUGAUACCUCAGAUGUCAAGUGCCAAGGCUCAAGCAGCCUCCUUGGAAGCCAUACUCUUUGACCUGGAAAGUUCAUCCCGAGAGAGCCGGCUGAACCAGCCGCAGCAGCAGCAGCCCGUCGCGCCCUGGCUGCCGGAAGCUCCAUCCGUCUCUCCAGCUGCUCCCGCCCGGCCGGCUCGAGGAACCGAGGCGAAGCGGCUGCGAAGGCGCUCCUCGCAGGGGCCAGUGAGAGCCGGGGCGGCGAGGAGGCGGCUUCCGCAGCAGGCUCGCUUUUGGCUGCUCGCCUGCCCUGACGAGGGACUACAACUCCCAGCCUCCCCGCCCCGCGAGGCGCUUGGCGAUGGCUGCCGUCCGAGCCCCGAGCAAGGAGGAGGCUGGUGGCCGCGGCCGCCCGGCGUAGCUCAGGCAGGCAGAGAGCUGGUGGACAGGAAAGAUUACUACGGCAAGACGCCACUCUACUGGGCUGCCUACAAAGGGCAGAGACGUUCAGUGGAGCUGCUGCUGGAACAUGGGGCCAACGUCAACACGUGCUGUAAACAUGGAGGGACCCCCCUCCACGCUGCCAUUGGCCUCUUCCCAGACUGCACCCUCCUGCUGAUCCAGCAUGGGGCAGAUGUGAACCUGCAGGACAACUGGGGAGUGACCCCCAUGUACUUGGCUGCGUGCAGCGGACAGACGGAGUGCAUCCGGUUGCUGGUGCAAGCAGGCGCCUACAUCUCCUACAGGAACAAGAGAACUGGAGCCCCUCCCAAGCGCCUUGUCUCACAGCCAGCCCUGAUCUCCUGGUUGGAAUCCUGCCGCCAGCAGCCGUGUUCCCUCAAGCACCUCAGCCGCCUCUCGAUUCGGAUGGCUCUUGGCCACAGGAGGCUUCAAGCCAUCAGGGACUUUGACCUUCCUCCUGCGCUAAAGCAGUACCUCAUGUUUGAGGACCUGACUUUGCCAGACAAGCUGUAGCCUGGAUUCCUGGGGAGUUGGCAACCGCUAGCCUGAUAGAUUGCCGUUGCUUCGCUGCUGGAACUGGAAGGAAGAGCUGCUCAGCACUGUUUUUCCCCCUCUCCAGAAGCCAAGCUUUGUCUUUGUGCUUGGGUUCCAGCGCUCUGCCACAUGGAAGUUCCUCAAGCAGAAGAUGCUGCAGGCUGUGUGCAUGUGUGUCACACUCUUCCUCAUCAGCAACUGACUGUUGUCACUUUUGCCUGUCUCUUGGACACCGGAGCCAAGAAAAACGUGGCCUGUCAGGCUAAGGGUCUGACAUGUCCUGCAUUCCGGCUGCGGCCAUGGUCAGCUACAUUCUGCUGGGAAUUCCACAGGCAUGGCAGGCAGGUCAUAUCCAGCAUCACAUACCCUGUGGCUUGCCCCCAGAAUCUGGUACUGCUUCUGAACAUGGAGGUUUCAUUUAGUUCUCUUCUAGGGAAACUUACACACAGUUCAUUCCGACAGGAGUUCAUCCCUAAGCUUCUCUAGAACUUAGAUGAGGAUGGGACAUCCCACCAUAGGACAUGCUGUCAGCCGUUGUCCCACCACCGCUUCACACCCCAUUGCAGUUUUUCUUUGUGAAGAGGCCAGAUUUCUUUUGUAGUGGUGGACCAAAACUCAGAGCGCCGUCUGCUACUUUGCUUGUAGUUCCUAAAGGUGAAGGGAUAAGAGAAAUGUGAAUAACAAGUAGAAGAUCAGUGUUGGCAGAGACAUGCCCUGUUUGUUCUCCGAGGGAAAUCAGAUGUGUGGAAGGGAGAUGAGAGGAGGGAAGGCCAUAGCUCAGCGAAAAACCAUGUGAAAGCCCUGGGCCUGAGACCUUAGGGAGCUGCUGCCAGUCAGAGUAGACAACAUGGAGCUGGGUAGGUUCAGAAGGCAGCUUCGUGGGACCCCUCUUGCUGCUCUUGUCCCUAAUCUCCCCGUGUUCAAUCACAAGUCUCUUUGUAGCACAAUGCACAGAAAGGGUUUGGGACUGAGAUUGCUGGUCUCCCCACUGACAGCCACAGAGUCAGCACGACGUCUGCAUGGAGACUGCAUUGGCGCUGGCCUUGCAGCCCUGGCACAAUAACUGGUUCUUUCAGAAGCUUCUCACAGGCUGUCAUACUUUGUUUUAAGAACUCUUUGUUGUUUGGGAGGAGAAGCCUCAGGCGAGUCCUGCAAGCUUCAAGCAGGUUUCCCUGUGGAAAGGGAAGGUGGUGGCGCUGUUGGGGUGGUGGGCUCUGUGCCAGUCUGGAGGCUCUGGUAACUGCUUGAAGUUGCCACCCACUCAAGCCAGGAUGGGACUUUUGUGCGGGGAUUUUUUCCCUGUACUCUAAUCCCUUAGCAACUUUUGAGAAAAUAAAUACAGAAUUUUAAAGAAAGAAAUGCAGAUACCUUUUGUUGCUUUGGAUCAGCUGGGCUGAACUUGGCUUCCUGUAAAGAGAGGCCAGGGCCAUAACCACUUAGCUUAAAGUAGUUCUGUUCAUUACCACAUUGGAUUGGGCUGGAGAGGGAGUCUUGGUUCUUCUCAGGCCAGCUGUUCCCCCAAAGCUUCCUCACAUAAUAGAUUUCUUAGCUUCCUGGAAGGUGAUUCUCAGUGAGUAGUGGAAUCCUUUAUUCCCAUGGUUAGAAAUACCAAUUUCUUUAUGUGUUCAAAGAAUAUGAAUUCAUCUUGUCUGUAUAUUUUUUUUAAAGAGUGCAAAGUGAUUUAUGGCAAUAGUGUCAUUCAUCCUGCUAACACAUCCCUGCCAGGUAGGUUAAUAGAUCCACUUUAUGGAUGGGGAAGCUGAGGCUGAGAAGAGGGACUGUGAUGGUGCAAGGUUUUAAACCCAGCUUUUCCUAGGAGUCCUGCCUCUGUCUUCCCCUGUGUCAUCUUUAUAAGCAUCAAGUAUGUUGAUGAUGAUUUUCAAGUCCUUGUGCUUGCUGACAAAAAAAGCCUAAAAAACCCUAGAUUCAGAGAACCUUGCUGAUGAAUCAUUGUUCCUUCUGCAAGCUGUGAGAGGCCCUGCUCAAACCCACAGUAACAUCACUGGCUUAGAAUGACUGCCUUUGGUGUUGGUGCUGCCCGAAGGCCUUUAACAAACACCUGACACCCAGAAAUGUUGCAACUGAAGCAUGACCAGUAAAAGCUUCCCCUGCUAAGUUUCUGGGUGACCAGAUGUUGUGAAAGCAGGGUUGCCAGGACCACUGGAGCCCAAACCAGGGGACGGGGGUGUGUCGUGGGGGGAACUUGCACACUCUAGAGCUAUUCCUCAUUGUGCUGGGAAUGACGUCAUUUCUGGUGCAACAAAGAAGAGUUGUGGAGUGUGCAGGAGUGUACUCCGGAGCUCCUGGGUCCAUUCCUUGCACUCCCCUCCCAACUAGAUGAGUGGGGGCAGGGGGUGGAAGCUGGAAGCAGGAGAUUCCCCCAUUCCCAUUGGUGGACUGGUAUGUGAAAGGUAUGGGAGCAAGGUUAAAAAUAAGUGUGCAACCAGGGCUUUUUUUCAACAGGAACGCGGUGGAACGGAGUUCCGGAACCUCUUGAAAA